UAACGACUACGUUUUUCACUAUAAAACAAUCUUCUCCAUGCAGAAACACAAUAAUCAAUCACUUCUUCUUCAUCUUCUUCAAACGUUAAAACAUUUUUUCUCCAAACUUUUCUCGCACUAAUAAUUUUGAGAAAAUCCUUAGCAGCCGGUGAAAAUUAUCCAGUGAAACAAUGGCGACUCCGGCAUGGAGUCAUGCCAAGGUUCAAUGGGUAGUUGCCAUAUUGGCGUUACUCGUUGGUUCGGCAAUAGCUACAGAACCUUACUAUUAUAGCUCUCCUCCACCACCCUAUGAGUAUAAGUCUCCACCGCCUCCGGUUAAAUCUCCUCCACCUCCAUAUGAAUACAAAUCUCCUCCCCCUCCGGUUAACUCUCCUCCACCACCGUAUUACUAUCAUUCACCGCCGCCGCCGGUAAAAUCUCCUCCCCCUCCUUAUGUAUAUCACUCUCCUCCUCCUCCGGUGAAGUCUCCUCCACCACCUUAUUACUACCACUCUCCACCACCACCCGUGAAAUCUCCUCCCCCUCCUUAUGUAUAUCACUCUCCUCCUCCUCCGGUUAAGUCUCCUCCACCACCGUAUUACUAUCACUCUCCACCACCGCCGGUGAAAUCUCCUCCACCACCAUAUUAUUACCAUUCUCCACCACCACCGGUUAAAUCUCCACCGCCACCAUACUACUAUCACUCGCCACCACCUCCGGUCAAAUCUCCACCGCCACCAUACUACUACCACUCUCCACCUCCUCCGGUCAAGUCUCCUCCGCCACCAUAUUACUACCAUUCUCCACCUCCUCCGGUCAAAUCUCCACCACCACCAUACUACUACCACUCUCCACCUCCUCCGGUCAAGUCUCCACCACCACCAUACUACUAUCACUCUCCACCUCCUCCGGUCAAAUCUCCACCACCACCAUACUAUUACCACUCUCCACCUCCUCCGGUCAAGUCUCCACCACCACCGUACUACUACCAUUCUCCUCCUCCUCCGGUGAAGUCUCCACCACCACCGUAUUACUACCACUCUCCUCCUCCUCCGGUUAAAUCUCCACCACCACCACCACCAUACUACUAUCACUCUCCACCACCACCGGUCAAAUCCCCACCACCACCAUAUUAUUACCACUCUCCUCCUCCUCCAGUUAAGUCACCACCUCCACCUUACUAUUACUCAUCCCCACCACCACCAAAGUCUUACCCUCCACCAUACUACUACUCAUCUCCUCCACCGCCACCAAAGUCGUACUCGCCACCGUACUACUACUCAUCACCACCACCUCCGGUGUCAUACCCCCAUCCUCACCCACACCCACAUCCACUUGUCUUCAAAGUUGUAGGUAAAGUGUAUUGUUACAGAUGUUAUGACUGGACUUACCCCAAAAAGUCCCACGAUAAGAAGCAUCUCAAAGGUGCUGUUGUGGAAGUGACUUGUAAGGCCGGUGAUAAGACAGUAAAGGCAUACGGAAAGACUAAAAUCAACGGUAAAUAUGCAAUCACCGUUAAGGGAUACAACUACCUUAAAUACGGUGGCGAAGUCUGCACGGCCAAGCUUCACGCGCCGCCUAAAGGCUCACCGUGUAACAUUCCUACAAGUUACCAUAUGGGUAACAAAGGUGCAAAACUUCAUGUGAAAUCAAAGACAAAGCACGAGGUUGUGCUCUAUGCCAAGUCCUUCGCUUAUGCACCUAAGAAACCUUACGGAGAAUGCCACAAACCAGCUCCUUACCAUCCUCCUUACUACUACAAAUCUCCACCACCACCAUCUCCGGUUUACUACUACAAGUCACCACCACCACCGACUCCUACCUAUGUCUACAAAUCUCCACCACCACCAACUCCGACUUACGUCUACAAGUCACCGCCUCCUCCUCCAACCCCAACAUAUGUUUACAAGUCUCCUCCACCACCAACCCCAACUUACGUUUACAAAUCACCACCACCACCGACUCCAACUUACGUCUACAAGUCGCCUCCUCCACCUACCCCAACUUACGUCUACAAAUCACCACCACCACCAACUCCAACUUACGUCUACAAGUCGCCUCCUCCACCUACCCCAACUUAUGUUUACAAAUCACCACCACCACCGACUCCGACAUAUGUUUACAAGUCUCCACCGCCGCCAACUCCGACAUAUGUUUACAAGUCUCCACCGCCACCAACUCCAACUUAUGUUUACAAGUCGCCACCUCCACCAACCCCUACAUAUAUCUAUAAGUCACCACCUCCACCUACUCCGACCUACGUCUACAAGUCACCACCACCUCCAACUCACACUCCUACACCGUAUUACUACCAUUCUCCACCACCACCGGUAAAGUCUCCUCCACCUCCGUAUUACUACCAUUCACCACCACCACCAGUUAAAUCCCCACCACCACCAUACUACUAUCACUCACCACCUCCGCCGGUCAAGUCUCCUCCACCACCAUAUUACUACCAUUCACCACCCCCUCCCGUGAAAUCUCCUCCCCCACCUUACUACUACCAUUCGCCACCCCCUCCAGUGAAGUCUCCUCCUCCACCUUACUACUAUCACUCCCCACCUCCUCCAGUGAAAUCACCACCACCACCAUAUUACUACCACUCUUCGCCACCUCCCGUGAAAUCUCCACCACCACCAUACUAUUACCACUCACCACCCCCUCCAGUAAAAUCACCCCCACCACCAUAUUACUAUCACUCCCCACCUCCUCCAGUGAAAUCCCCACCACCACCAUACUACUACCACUCUCCACCACCACCGGUGAAAUCCCCACCACCACCAUAUUAUUACCAUUCACCACCUCCUCCAGUCAAAUCCCCACCACCACCAUACUACUAUCACUCACCACCUCCACCGGUGAAAUCUCCACCACCACCAUAUUAUUACCAUUCCCCACCUCCUCCGGUGAAAUCUCCUCCUCCACCAUACUAUUAUCACUCACCUCCUCCACCAGUAAAAUCUCCACCACCACCAUAUUACUACCAAUCACCACCUCCACCCGUGAAAUCUCCUCCACCACCAUACUACUACCAUUCACCACCUCCUCCGGUGAAAUCUCCACCUCCACCAUACAACUACCAUUCACCUCCUCCUCCAGUGAAAUCACCACCACCACCAUACUACUACCAUUCACCUCCUCCGCCGGUGAAAUCUCCACCACCACCAUACUACUACCACUCACCUCCCCCUCCAGUCAAAUCUCCACCACCACCAUAUUACUACCAUUCACCACCUCCUCCGGUGAAAUCUCCACCACCACCAUACUACUACAACUCUCCACCACCACCAGUAAAAUCUCCCCCACCUCCCGUCUACAUCUACGCUUCUCCCCCACCUCCUACCCAUUACUAGGCUCGUCAAAUUCAACCAAAUUUCCUCAUUAUUCAAGUUUUCUUUUAAAAAAUCAAAUAAAGGAAGGGACAAAUUCAAAGAUGAGAAGAAGUGAACCAAAUAAGGAUCGUUGCGUGGAAACCAGGAACAAGACAUCUCUAACAAUGAUCCACAUCACUUCCUCUUCUUCAGUUUCGCUCAUCUUCCACUUGUGCAUCAUCUUCUUCGUGUCUUCAUCAAGUCAAAUUGUUUCCAAGAAACCUGUUUCGUAAUUUAUUUGUUGUGCAUACAUUUUCUAUAUAUGUUUUUCAUUAAUGUAAUGUGAGAGAGUGGUUAGCAAAUAAAAAAUGUUCAGUUUCUUCUUU